UCAAAAGGCAGGAAAAAAUUUUGCACGAUUCAGGAGGGACUACGAGAAAUCCUGGAAAAUUGUACACAAUGGCAGCCUAAUCAGGAAUUUUGGUUUAAAAUUGGUUACACAAGUUGCUGCUAAAAAUGGUAUGACAGCUGCUGCUGCUUCUAAUGUUGGGGCAAUGCGUUUAGCCAGUUCUGCUGCUGAUAGCAAAAGACAGACAAACGUAACCACUAUCCGUAAACCCAAUGAGGCUUCUCGUGCCAGUCUUUCGGAUUUCGGUCGUUAUGUUGCCGAAUGUAUGCCCAAGUAUGUGCAAAAAGUACAACUGACCGCUGGCGAUGAAUUGGAAGUGCUUAUCGCUCCCGAAGGUGUUGUGCCUGUAUCAUUCUUGAAGGAUCAUCAUCAGGCUCAAUUCAGCAAUUUGGUCGAUAUUGCCGGUAUGGAUGUGCCUUCACGUAAAUACCGUUUCGAGGUUAUCUAUAAUCUUUCGUUGCGUUACAAUUCUCGCAUUCGUGUCAAAACCUACACCGAUGAAUUGACUCCCUUGGACUCUUGCAAUGAGGUCUAUAAGGCUGCCAACUGGUACGAACGUGAAAUCUAUGAUAUGUAUGGUGUGUUCUUUGCCAAUCAUCCCGAUUUACGUCGUAUUCUCACCGAUUACGGUUUCGAAGGUCAUCCCCAACGUCGUGAUUUUCUGUCCGGUUAUGUUGAAUUACGUUAUGAUGACGAAAAACGUGUUGUUUGUGAACCUUUGGUUGCUCAAGAAUUUAGAAAUUCGAUUUGUCUGCCCCCCUGGGAACAAUUCCCCCAUUUCCGUAAUGCUAACCCUCCCGCCAGAAAUUGUUGA